GCUGUACGAGGACCAGUAGAAGAAGUUGGUAGGAUCUGCCUCAGGAGUCUUCGUAAUACUGAGCCCUAUUACUGAGAGCGUGGCUGUCUUCAAGAGGAUAGUUGGCAAGACGGCCGUAGAGUAAGAACGCGGUUGCACGACUGUUAGCAUGGCGCGCCAACUGAGGAAGAUGGGAUGGAUGACAUUCUCAACGAUCGGUUAUGCACUCUCGGUCGCAUCGCAAAAGACUUCCGCAGGUAGUCUUAAACCGCGUACCUACUGCCAAGCCUAUCCGCCUGAAGAUCGCAGCAAUGUCGACACAAAGCAUAAGGCGCGAUAACCUCGACGGUGCACCCAGAAGGCAAUUGAACGGAGAGGCCACGCGCGCGACAUGGACGAGCCAGCGGAGCUGCGCGUCUCGAAUCGCUUGUGAUCAGAAGCAACUCUCAGAGAGGAUCCACUCACCGAUCAUGUGUACGCAUCCGUUAGCACGCCAUAAGCGCUGCCUGUCCUGGAUACUGUUGGCGACGACGAUGCUCUGACGACGGAUGGAGGUCAUGUACAGACGACACCUGUACGCUGCGUGCAGCUCUGGCCCUCGCACUCUCGACACUCAUGUACAGAUCUUCACGG